AUGAUGUUUGUAUAUGUAGGGAUAUGGCCAGAGUCAAAGGUAUUCAACGAUCAAGGCCUUGGACCAGUACCUAAGCGUUGGAGAGGAAAAUGUGAAUCAGGAGAACAGUUUAACGCCAAAAUACAUUGCAACAAGAAGUUAAUAGGAGCUAAGUACUACCUAAAAGGCAUGUUAGACUUAAUUGGAGGAAAAUUCAACAGAACAGUAAUCAACGACUUCAAAUCCAACAGAGAUACAGUCGGUCAUGGCACGCAUACAGCCACAAUAGCAGGUGGCUCAUUCAUCCCCAACGUGAGCUUCUAUGGUCUAGCCUCAGGUACGGUCCGAGGUGGUGCUCCUCGGGCCCGUAUAGCCUCCUACAAGGUCUGUUGGAACACAAUGCUAGACGGUGGAUGCACAACUGCUGAUAUUUCGAAGGCUUUUGAUGAUGCUAUACAUGACGGGGUUGAUGUUUUGUCGGUAUCUCUUGGCGCGGCCGUUCCCGAGGAUUCGGAAGUCGUUGACCUCAUGUAUAUCGCGGGUUUUCAUGCGGUGGCUAAAGGGAUUCCGGUUGUGGCUGCGGCGGGUAACGAUGGGCCUGGUGCUCAGACUGUUGUCAAUGGUGCUCCUUGGUUCUUAACCGUUGCAGCAACCACUCUUGACCGGUCAUUUCCUACAAAUAUCACUCUUGGCAAUAAACAAACCCUCUUGGUUGAAUCUCUGUUCACUGGACCGGAGAUUUCAACUGGUUUAGCUUUCUUGGAUUCAAAGAGUGACAAGAAUGUUGAUGUGAAGGGGAAAAUAGUUCUUGUUUUUAAACAGAUCACUCCAAUUAUAGGGAAAGGUGUAGCAGGAUACAUCUUUGCCCGAGAGCUCGACAAUCCUGUUUCUCCAUGCGGUGCUUUCCCGUGCAUUAGCGUAGAUUACAAGCUUGGAACCGCCAUUUUACAAUACAUUCGUUCCACCAGAUCGCCCACAGUGAGAAUAAGUGUGGCAACGACCUUGAACGGUCUGCCUGCAACGACUAAGGUUCCUGCAUUCUCAAGUAGAGGGCCUUAUUCAGUUUCACCAGCCAUUCUCAAGCCUGAUUUAGCAGCUCCGGGUGUGAGCAUACUCGCGGCAGUAAGUCCGCUUGAUCCUGAACAACACGACGGAUUUGGAAUCUUAUCAGGGACAUCAAUGGCAACUCCUGUUGUUUCCGGAAUCAUAGCUCUCCUCAAGUCUCUACACCCUAACUGGUCCCCUGCUGCAAUAAGAUCAGCUUUGGUCACAACAGCUUGGAGAACAAGUCCAUCGGGAGAUCCCAUUUUUGCAGAAGGAUCAAACACGAAGCUUGCAGAUCCAUUUGACUAUGGAGGAGGACUUGUAAACCCUGAAAAAGCUGCAAAACCUGGACUUGUCUACGAUAUGGGUAUCGAAGACUACUUCAACUACAUGUGUUCCGCGGGUUACAACGACUCCUCAAUCUCCCGUGUACUCGGUAAAAAGACGAAAUGCCAAACUCCUCAGCCAUCAAUUCUUGAUAUCAACUUACCUUCAAUCACUAUUCCAAAUCUUGAGAAUGAAGUCACACUCACAAGAACUGUAACCAACGUUGGACCCAUCAAAUCAGUCUAUAAAGCCGUGAUCGAACCUCCCCUCGGUAUAACUCUCACCGUGAACCCGACCACACUCGUGUUUAACUCUGCUGCUAAGAGAACACUCACUUUCUCAGUUAAGGCUAAAACAAGUCAUAAAGUCAACACUGGUUAUUUCUUUGGUAGCUUAACAUGGACUGAUGGUGUUCAUAAUGUCACAAUCCCUGUCUCUGUUAAGACAACAAUAAUCAUGAUCGAAUCAAUGUAUUAG